AUGAAUUUAAGUGAUCUCUGUAGCAGCAGCCAUCAGUCAGUGAAGAUUGUACCUUCCAUUGAAGAUUCUUUAAAAGCAAUUGGUUUAGACACCCAUCUAAGUGAAGAAGUUAAAUUGUGGUUUAAUCAACUUCAGGUGACAUGGCAAACUUGGAGAAAAAGUAGUGCUGUUGAAAAUAUCUUCAACUUACUAUAUAACUUUGAAGAACCUCAUAGAAUUGCUUUAGCAUGUACAAUUAAGUGCCAAGAAUUUAAAGACUGUAAACCGAAAAGUCUCCCAUACUAUAUAAUAGAAUCAUUGCAGAAAUGGUGUGAAGUUCAUAAAAGACCUCCAAAGGACUCGCUGAAGCUGCCAGCUUUUCAUAUUGCUGCUAUGCAGAGAAAUCAACAAUUCCUAAUAAUGGUUGUUAAAACUUUUAACAUUAAAACUAUAAAAAGUGAAAUCUUACCACUUGUAAAAGACAUAAUGAAAAAUGAUGACUGUAAACAAGCAUCACAGAUAGUCAGUGCUUUAGAAUUAUAUGAUGACAUUCCCAUAGAAGACUUAAUUUUCCCGCUAAUUUUACAGGAUAAGAUAAAUGUAAUUGAUGAAUAUUUAACAGAUUCACCUGGUCAGGUAAGACCAUUGCUAGAAUUUCUAGAUUCAUUAUUAAAUAAAAAAUGUGCAAUAAGAGAUUAUGUUCAGAAGUUUCUUGAAGAUCAUAAAGUAUAUAAUAUUAAAUAUGAGAAGAUCCAUCAUAAGCCUCUUGGGAAAUUAGUUGCUCGUUUAUGUUCAAAAUACAAUGUUCCUGUUGACACAUGUCAAAAUUUAAGUAAGAACCGGACAACUGGUGGCUUAAAAUAUCUUAUAUAUCAAAAAUAUGUAGAACACAAUGUAAGUGCUUCAGUUUGGGAUGAUCUAGUAAAAGAUUCAUUAAAUCGAGCUGAAGGCUGUGCAGAAGAAUUUAUAAACAUGCUUGUUGACUAUGAUCAUGGUGAAGCUAUAAAAUGGGCAACAUAUUCAAAGAUUGAAGAUAGCAAAUUGCCUUUAGCUCUACAGAAUUUGUCUAUUAAAGAAAAUUCAACUGAGGUUCAAGAAGAAAACUGGGAAAAUAAAGAAAAUUCUUUACGAAAUUAUUAUGAACUUUCAAUAGACAAAAAUUCUAUUGUAAUAAUUGAUGCAGCAGAAAAGUUUUAUGAUUUGUUGACCAGUAUAAGAACAUGUAAUUUAGUUAGUAUUGAUUGUGAAUGGAAACCGUCAUUUGGAGCAGUACAAUCUCAGGUUGCUUUGAUUCAAAUAGCUACUCCAAUAAGUGUUUAUUUAAUUGAUACAUUCAUAUUUAACGAGAAACAAUAUGCUAGCUUUUGGUAUCAGUUAAACAAAUCCCUUUUUGAAAAUGAUGAAAUCAUUAAACUAGGUUUUGGUCUAGAACAAGACUUAAAAGAAAUAAAGGCAUCUGUUGCAGGUUUGCAAAACAUAAAAAUUAAAGGUGAAGGCUUACUGGACCUUUCAACACUUUGGAAAAGUCUAACUGAGUAUGGGCUUUACAUACCUAAUUCAAGUGAUAUUGAAGGGCAUGGCUUAAGUUCAAUUGUACAAAUAUGCUUUGGAGUGCCACUAGAGAAAUCAGAGCAAUGUUCAAAUUGGGAACUUAGACCACUUAGGAAUACCCAGAUAUAUUAUGCAGCACUUGACGCAUUUGUUCUUUUGGAAAUAUAUAACUAUCUUCAAACGUUGUGUACAGAACAAAACAUUAAUUUUGAGGAAAUAUGUAAUGAAGUUAUGUUAGAUAAAAAACCAAAGAAUGUUAAAAGAUGUAAGGCAAACCAUAAAUUGGAAGUGAUGGCUUGUAAUAUACCUAAAACAGCUAUUGACCUAAGUUUACUUGUGGAAGCUGACUUAUCAUACUUGAUAGGAUAUUUGCGGUAUUGUGGGAUUGACACUGUGGUAAUGCCCAGUAAGAUGGUGUGGCAUGAUGCUAUAGAUCUAGCUUUAAGUGAAGACAGAAAUAUUUUGACAUCUAAAUUAAAACUUACUUGUUCAUCUAAAUACCCACAAAAUUCCAUUUUGUAUGUUGAAAAAGGAAACAUAAAGGAUCAGAUAAAAAAAAUAUAUACCACUUUUUAUGUAGUUAUUACCCAAGCAGAUCUUUUUAAAAGAUGUUUAUAUUGUAAUUGUGUUGAUUUAAGGACCAUGAACUUUAAAGAUUUUUUAGAUAUAUACAAUAAAUGUCAAAUGCUUGAAAGCACUCAAACAGCAAGGAGUAAGUACAACAGCGAUGACUUUGAGGAUGAUCCCCUGGACGAUUUCUUUAGUGAUUCAGAUGAAGAUGAAAAAUUCAUAUCUCAUCCUAUAUGCCACAAUCAAAGUGAAAAAUGUGUAACUAGUAAAGGAGCUUUAAUUGAUCUGAGUAACUUGCAAAAAGUUUAUUCUUUUUAUCACAGUAAUCAAAACAAGAGUGUAUUGCUGUGUGAAAACUGUGGGAAGUUUUACUGGGAGGAGGAAGAGUCGAUUAAAAGUAUAAGUGAAAUUGUCUCACAAUUUGUUAACAAUGAUACAUAG